UGGCGGUGACGGGGGAAGAAGCGAUGGCGUACGUACGCGAAGGCGGCGCCCACAAGAACGAUGACAUCUGGCGCUUCUUCACCAAGCUCGUGAACCGCGAGAAGUACCACAGCUACUGGUACGUCGAGUGCAAGGCCUGUCGGGCCGCCCACCAGACCCAGAUCGAGACCGGCGUCCAUGGCGCGCUCGGCGCGCCAGAGCCCAAGGCCAUCGUGUCCCGCCUCCAGCUCAUGCGCAACCACCUCGGCAAGUGCCCGUACGUCGAGAACGUCCCAAAGGACUAUCUCACGCCGACGCCGCGCCCGGCCAAACAUCCGCGGACGAAGGCCAGAGCCAUGGUCCCCGGCGCAGCGAUCGAGCCGGACGCGUCCGUCGCGCCGACCUCGUGGCUGCGUAACCUCUACCGCGCGCACCAGCCACAGGCAGGCUUCUGGGGCGAUGCGCGCUGGUACGACCUCCAGCUCGUGCGGCGGCUGCCCCUUGUGCCCAAGAUGCUCGAGCAGAUGGUCUAUGCGCUCCCGCCGCUGGGCGAAAACUCCAAGGUUGCCGACCUCUGCGCCGGCAGCGGCCUCUGCGCUGAGAAGGUGCUUGACGCGUACCCGGACGCGCAAGUUGUGCUCUUUGACCAGUCGGUCGAGCGCCAGCAGUUGGCGGCGAGGCGCUUGAGCCAGUACCACCGGCACAGCUACUGCACCGUCAACUUGAACGAGGUCGCGGUGCUCGAGAAAGGGCCUUUUGACGCCAUUACGGCUUCGCUCGCCGUGCACGUGCUCGUGGAGAAGCCGGACCACUACGCGCCAGACCAAAAGGAGUUCGAAUCGAUCACGGACGCGCACAUGCGCAUUUUCCAGCUCCUCUUCGACUCGCUCGUGCCUGGCGGCCACGUCAUCAUGGGCGAUCACGUGGGCAUGGCAAGCGUCUUUGUCCAAAUGAAGUGGCUCGAGAGCGUCGGUUUUGAGGAUAUUGACGUGGCGUGGCGUGAGUCCGACUUCUUUGUCGUCGGCGCGCGCCGUCCGGACCUCUCGCCCAUGAUGCAAGACAUCUAAGCGCUGUAUUCCCAUUCUAUUGCGUAAUGAAUCGUGCAAUUGACUCCUUGU